UUACGUUCGACCUGGGGACGGAUCGUGACGAAACUUGGGUUGGAUGUGGCAAACGAGGAACUACUUGUUUGUUUUCAAGGCUGAGGAUUUGAGUCUUCUCCGCUUCUGACUGCAAAUCUGAGUCUGGAUGGGUCUCCUUUCAGAGGGAACGCCCCUUACCUGGGCGGAGACGAAAAGACAAGCGGACCACGUCAGGAAACAUGGUAUUCUACAGUUUAUUAACCAGUAUCACAAAGUUACCAAACUUAUGCAGGAUCUACGGGAGAAUAAUCGCGGAGAGAAGAUGGAUGCGAUGAUGGAGUUGAAGUGGGGCGAUGAGAUUGAAUAUAUGCUGGUGAAGUAUGAUGAUGAUAAUAAAAUGGUUCAAGUGAAUCUCAAAGCGACGGAAUUGACGCACAAACUUCAAGAAAAUGAGGAAGAAAACAAACUGACCACAGGACUUUGGAGACCAGAAUAUGCGGAAUACAUGAUGGAAGGUUCACCAGGAGAGCCUUAUGGGUGCGACCUGGCUUAUUUCAACAUCGUCGAGGCAAAUAUGAGAAGAAGGCGGGCAGCGGCGUUAGCGCUCUGUAAUGACUGUGACGAAAGUUUACUUAGCCUGGUCUCAUUUCCAAGGCUUGGCUGUGGGAACUUUACGUUGCCUCCUACGAAGCCUACACCAAAACAAGGCUCACCCCAAUCACUAUUUCUCCCUCACGACCUUAUCAAUGUGGGUCACCCACGUUUUCAUCUGAUGACGAGGAACUCACGUGAAAGAAGAGGGGAGACGCAGCCAAUUAACGUUCCCAUUUACAAAGAUAAACGGACGCCGUCCCCCUUCAUCGAAGACUUAUCCAUCUAUGGCGACGAUGGAUCAGCGCAGAGAAACUCGAAACCAGAUCAUAUCUAUCUAGACAGUAUGACCUACGGCUUCGGUAUGUGCUGUCUUCAAAUGACCUUUCAGGCUUUCAGCAUCUCAGAGGCCAAGUUACUAUACGAUCAGCUGGCACCUUUGGCCCCGAUACUGCUUGCAUUGAGUGCUGGUAGCCCAAUCUACCGCGGCUACCUAUCAGAUAUUGACUGUCGAUGGCACGUCUUGGCUGCAGCCAUUGAUGACAGGACGGAAGAGGAGAGGGGGGUAAAGCCAUUAAAAAACGACAAAUUCGUGAUUCCAAAGUCACGGUACGACUCCAUAGAUUGCUACUUGUGUCCGGGCAGUGAGCGAUAUAAUGAUGUUGAAGUUGUCCGAGACGAGGAGGCAGAGAAAACGCUCAUAGAAGCAGGUAUUGACAGACACUUAGCUCAACAUAUUGCUCACUUGUUUAUUCGAGACACAAUUAUAAUGUACAAGGAAAAGAUCGAUCAAGAUGACGAAGAAGAUGUUGACCAUUUCGAAAACAUCCAGUCCACGAAUUGGCAGACGAUGCGAUUCAAGCUCCCGCCGCCGAAUUCGGGCAUAGGGUGGAGAGUAGAAUUCCGGCCAACAGAGGUACAGCUGACAGAUUUUGAGAACGCAGCCUACGCAGUCUUCUUGGUGAUACUGACUCGGGCAAUCCUCUCGUUCGGGCUUAAUUUCCUUAUCCCGAUAUCUAAGGUGGAUGCGAACAUGCAGACGGCCCAGAAGCGGGAUGCUGUUCUGACUGAAAAGUUCUAUUUCAGGAAGGACAUUAAUACACCAUAUGGAAAGACGGCAGAUGAUGGUGAAGAAUACAUUUCAAUGUCCAUUGAUGAAAUCAUCAACGGCAAGGAGAAUGUUUUCCCUGGCCUCGUCCCUGUGAUCAAAGACUACUUAGCCAAUAUGGAGGUUGAUAUCGACACGCACUGCACCAUACAGCAAUAUCUCACUUUCAUACAGAAAAGAGCGUCAGGUGAAAUCAUGACGACAGCCCGCUGGAUACGGGAGUUCGUCACCAAUCACUCAAACUAUAAACAAGAUUCUGUCGUUUCCAGCAGAAUCGAAUACGACCUUCUCAAGAAGUGCGACAGAAUCUCACGCGGUAAUGAAUCGUGUCCAGAGUUACUGGGUGAUUUCUCGACGCGGACGAAACAGGACAUACCUCCCGCUUACGCAAGGAAGCAUCGACUUCUGGAGAAUAAAAUAAAAAAUGGUGCGAGGCGUGUCGGAAAAGAGCAAUGUGAUAGGAAUUAAGACUUUAAAAAAUAACAAUUCCAAUUAUUUGGUGGUAGUUUUUGGCGGAGCGUCUGAAGAAUUCGUUUGAGCCUUCGAGUUAUUUUUGAGACGUCAUAGUAGUGCCGCAUCCAGGCUCCCUGUGUUUUGUAUCCGUUCAAUUCUCCGCUAUACAAAUAGGCAUACGGGUUUUUUUUAGUGUUACUUUAGCACUUUGUGUUUCUAUUUUUGAUAAUUAUAAAUGUAUAAUGACUUUAUUAAUGGCAUAUUUGCUUAUGUAUGAUAACUGCAUGUAUGUACCGAAAGAUGUUUUAACAUAUUUACCUAUACAGAACCAGAAUUGUUUCAGAAAUAUACUUUAUAAAUAUUUUUCUCCUUAAAACUAUAUCAAAAUCAUUUCUUACACCCUGUACAACGACCUUCACACUUGUGACUCUUUCCACUUUGUAAAUACAUGUAGCUUCAUAAUAAAUCAAGGCUUCAGA